CGAGUUCUUUCCCCCCACCUUUUCGAGCCCAUUAUUAACAUUCCCCCGACCCCUCUCUUCUCCUUCAUCUCCAUCGCCUGUUUCUCUCCUCUGUUUCGUUCCUUCCCCCUCGCAUUGUUCUCUUCUCCGAAUCCUCUGUUUCUCCUCUGUUUUCGACUCGGUGAAGCGGAGACUCCGCAACCUCAUACCCACAAACGUAGAUCUUCCCUCUCUUCCUUUUCGUUCGGGAACAUGACACGCAUGGUCGUGCGCGCGGAAAUGAAGAAAGGAAAGGUGAUGAAGCAGAGCGGCCGGGUUUUGGACCCAAAGCUCGGCGUCAGCUUCAUCGACGUGAAGCAGAUCCUCCAGGAUUUGCCCAGGAAGUUCCUCAAGGACGGCAGAAACGUGGUGAGAGAGGCUCGAGUGAGCACGUUGCUGGACUCCAUGAGAGCUUCCUCUCCUGCACGAGCAAAGCCUGGCAGCGCGACGGCAAGAGCAGCCUCUCUCAUUGACAAGCAAAAGUCGUGGAUCAUGCGUCAUCCGUCGGCAUUGAGCAAGUUCGAAGAGAUAACGAGAGCUUCGCUGGGGAAGAAGAUAGUGAUGUUCCUCGACUACGACGGCACUCUCACCCCCAUCGUUGAAGACCCCGAUCGCGCUUUCAUGUCUCCCAAGAUGAGAGAAGCUGUGAAGGACACUGCGAGAUUCUUCCCCACGGCGAUAGUGAGCGGGAGAUGCAGAGACAAGGUUUGCAGCUUCGUGAAGUUGAAGGAGCUAUACUACGCAGGCAGCCACGGCAUGGACAUCAAAGGACCCCCUAGAAGUUCCAGCAAUGGUAACAAAGACGGCGAAUCGGUUCUCUGCCAACCCGCGAGUGAAUUCCUGCCCAUGAUCGACGAGGUCUACAAGACCUUGUUGGAGAGCACCAAGUCGAUCCCGGGAGCCAGGGUGGAGACCAACAAAUUUUGUUUGUCCGUACACUUCCGGUGCGUUGAAGAGAAGAGCUGGGAUGCUUUGGCCGAGCAGGUUGAACUUGUGCUCAGCGGGUACCCGAAGCUCAAGCUGACAGCUGGCAGAAAGGUAUUUGAGAUCCGUCCGACCAUCAUGUGGGACAAGGGGAAGGCCCUCAAGUUCUUGCUAGAGGCACUUGGGUUCGGCACUUCCGGCAACGAUGUCCUGCCGAUCUAUAUUGGAGACGAUCGGACAGACGAAGAUGCAUUUAAGGUUUUGAGAGAGAGAGGACAAGGAGUAGGAAUUCUCGUCUCUAAAGUCCCCAAGGAAACAAGUGCCUCUUACUCUUUGCAAGAGCCCUCCGAGGUCAUGAGCUUCUUGCGCCGCCUGGCGGAGUGGAAGCGGCAGUUGCUCCGAGCAACCCUAUAGAGCUCGGCGAAGCCUCGCGAUAUUAUCGAUUUUUCCACCUCCGAAAGUUAUGUAAUUUCCACGGUGUAGAUCAUGGAUGAUACCACAAUUGAUGAGAAUUACGAGUUAAUUGUGAAUAUGUCCAAGAUAAAGUAUUACGAUGUUAUGUAAUUUUUUUUUAUUUUGCGGUGUAGAUCACGAACGAUACUACGAUCAAUAAGAAUCACGAGUUAA